AGUACUUGAAUAGCAAAGGUCGUGUUGUGGACGUAAGCAAUAUAGGUGUUCGUAAUAAUUGUUUCGUCACGUUCGUGUUGAUGGUGUGUGAUGUGCUUGUGAUAUAGAGACUAAUACUGAUAUCGUGGGAGUCAAGUGCAGUGUGACAUUGAGUUGGGAAGGAUAGUCGGAGUCGGUGUAUGUGACGUUGGAACGAGCCAGCAAUCGUGGUAUUUUGAAUACGUUAGAAUUUUGGCGGUGUGUAGUGGUUAGUGCGCUGAUAUAGCCGCGGUGAAUAAUAGUCGGCGCCGGCGCCGAGCGGUGGUGUCAAGGUGCGGCGUGCGCAUGUGCGAUGCGAUGCGUGACAAACUGUCCGCGCUGCUGCGGAGCUCGGUGCAUGCGCCGGCGCAUCACAACAACGAAAAGCUACACAAUGAUGCGUUCGGCCCAGUGCUCGUUUUCACAGAUGAAGGGAGCGCACGCGAAGGCGGAUUGGUAUGGCGCGGGUGCUCAGCCGAGUGCGACGCAGAAGACGGCGCGGCGGGUGCGCUCACCGACGGCAACGCCAACCCAGGAGACAAGUUGGAGGGGUCGGACGCAGCUCCGGACGACCCUGUUCACCUCAAGAGACGGGUGGGACUCUUCAGUGGGGUGGCUCUAAUUGUUGGCACUAUGAUUGGUUCAGGAAUAUUCGUCUCGCCCUCUGGGCUUCUAGAGCGUACCGGCUCAGUGGGCAUAAGCUUCAUCAUUUGGAUGGCAUGUGGCCUGCUCUCGCUGCUUGGAGCGCUCGCGUAUGCGGAGUUGGGAACGAUGAACACGUCGUCAGGCGCUGAGUACGCCUACUUUAUGGACGCUUUCGGAGGACCUCCCGCGUUUCUAUUUUCAUGGGUAUCGACUUUAGUACUGAAGCCGUCACAGAUGGCUAUAAUAUGUUUGAGUUUCGCAAAAUAUGCUGUGGAACCAUUCGUAUCGGAGUGUGAACCGCCAACCAGCCUGGUCAAACUUGUCGCGGUCAUUUCUAUUGUGAUGAUAUUAGCGGUAAAUUGCUACAGCGUCAAUUUAGCUACAAAUGUACAAAACAUCUUCACGGCAGCUAAGCUGGUGGCGAUUGCGAUCAUUGUAGGCGGUGGAGCAUACAAGUUAAUAUUAGGUAAUACGCGACAUUUACAGGAGCCCAACUUCGCAAGUAGCACCGCCACGCUGGGCAACAUUGCCACAGCGUUCUACACUGGCCUUUGGGCAUAUGACGGUUGGAAUAACCUGAACUAUGUCACUGAGGAAAUUAAAAAUCCAUCCAAGAACUUACCGUUGAGUAUAAUAAUUGGCAUCCCGCUGGUGACGCUGUGCUACGCGCUGGUGAACGUGUCGUACCUUGCUGUGAUGUCGGUAAGCGAGAUGGCGGACAGCGAAGCGGUGGCCGUCACCUUCGGCAACAGGCUACUGGGCCCACUUGCCUGGCUCAUGCCACUCGCAGUCACCAUAUCAACAUUCGGAUCCGCUAAUGGCACACUGUUUGUCGCGGGAAGGUUGUGUUUCGCAGCGUCAAGGGAAGGUCAUUUAUUGGACAUCUUAUCCUACGUCCACGUGCGCCGUUUCACUCCAGCUCCAGGACUGAUUUUCCACUCUCUGAUAGCAGUGGCGAUGGUGUUGUAUGGAACGAUAGACUCGUUAAUUGACUUCUUUUCCUUCACCGCGUGGAUCUUCUAUGGUGGCGCAAUGCUCGCAUUGAUUGUUAUGAGGCGUACUAAACCGCACGCACCCAGACCAUAUAAGGUGCCGAUAAUAAUUCCGUACGUUGUAUUGCUGGUAUCCACCUAUCUGGUGGUAGCGCCAAUCGUGGACAAGCCCCAGUGGGAGUACCUGUACGCUACCGCCUUCAUUUUCGGUGGCCUCUUGGUGUACGUGCCUUUCGUCAAGUGGGGCUACUCUCUACCGUUCAUGGAUAAAAUAACAGUUUUCUUGCAAAUGGUGCUGGAGGUGGUGCCAACGUCAACAACGUUCGAAUAUUAGGAAGCAGUCGGAGCUGGACUUUAAAGAAGCAAUUGUGACAAAUUCUCGUCGAUUUAUUGUACCAUAUCUAAGUAUCAUUUGGAUUUCGUACAUUGUUAUCUAUUUUUUGGUCCUGUUUCGCCCAAC